UGAUAUUAGCACCUACAAAGAAUUGUAGUGUUCUGAAACCAUCAGUGUAUCUUAACUGAAAAAUAAAGUCACAGUGCUUUCUGAAACACACAGGAUUAUUAAAUUGUUAAAUCCUUCGAGUUGUGUAGGGUCAGUCAAAUUGAUGGGUGAGGCUCUUCUCUAAUCUAGUUUUGCAAAGUACAGUAAUAGUCUUCACACAUGUUUAUCUGGGGAUAAAUCCAAGAUCUGUGCUUAAUUGUAUACUUAUUUUUGUACUCUGCUCCAGCCUAUCUGUUGCAUAGGGUGUUGUCUGGGAAAGUUCUGGCUGUUUUGUUCAAGCAGAACACAAGCAAAUGCCAUCUUUUUAACUCUGAACUGGUUCAGAGGAAUGAAUAUAUUAUCAAUAAUACAGCUUUUUGUUUUAUUUUUUGGGUACAGUUAUGCUUUCUUUGUGUCACUUUUGUAGGUGCCAUAACUGUUGCUGAUGAUAAAUGUGUACUGCAGUGUAGUAUGUAAUAAGUUUUAAGAAUCACAGCUUUACUAGUUGGGUAGAAUCCAGUAAACUCAAAACUAUAUUGGCAGUGUCAAUUAAUAGUGAAGUAAAUAAUGUUAUUACAUAGCAUAAUAUUAGUGAAUGAACACCAUAUACUAUUAAAAUGAGCAUGAAUGCCAAUAGUUUGGUGUUUAAGCUGCAGUUUCUGAUGGAAAUGUUGAGUGUUCAUUGUUGCCAGUCAAACUGAUCAUUUGAACAGAGGCUCUCAAAGCUAUCCAGGGAAAGAUCUGUCCUUUCAUUCUGCUAUGUUUUCCUCUCAUAUGCCUUAUUGUUGUGUGGGUUCUUAUCUAGUGUGACUUUGGUCUUUAUAUUCAUCAAAUACCGGGUCAGUUGGGAUUUUACAGCUUGUGCUUUCUGCUACCUUCACUGAAGAAGACCUGGUAGCCCAAGGUCUUGUGUGAACUGGCAUUAGCAGAUUUCAGUUAGUUAUUUCAUUAGCAGUGCCUAGUUUGUAGUGUGAAUGAGUUUUAUAUGACUAGGUGCAAUGCUAGUUAUUUCCUGUUUCUCCUAUUUCUGGUGUAAAUACAAGAAUUCUGUUAAAAAAAACCCCCACACCUAAACCAGCCCAGCCUCAAAACAAGAACUUAGUGGGGUUUUCAAAACAUUUUGAGAAACUUUUUUUUCUGAGCUUGGGAUGUCACUUUGCUACUUUUGUCAUUUUUGCAACAGGGAAAAAGAAAAUUACUGUUUUCAGUUUUGAAAAAUAUGGAAUUUAAGUGUCUGAUUUCUGUUAAUGUCAACGUAGUGAUAUCUGCAAAAGCAUAAUUGUGCAUUGUAUUAUUUGGUACAGUCUCAUGUAUGAACCAAAAAAUAUGUUCCAUAACAUUCUGAGAAUAAAUAAGAGUUCUGUUUAAUCCAGCCACAUGUGAAGAACCACAUGAAUAGAAGCAGACUUGAAAUGUAUUUGAAAGCAAGUUGUUGUCUGCAUGUUUCUUAGGUUAUCCUAAAAUGACAGUCCCUUGAUUUACUUCAGCAGUACUCUUGAGUGCUUGGCUGCUGAAAUGUAGAAGUACCAGGGUUCUUGGACUGCUGGCAGAGUCCAGGAAGAUUGUUGAGGUUUUUCUGUUUCUCGGCCGUGCUCAGACCUGCAGGUUUCAGUGGCCUGUGAGUGAUGAGCAGAACCCUCUGAACAUCACACAGCCUUUGGGAGGAGCAGUAUGAGCAUUAUCCUUAUUGACAUCUGGGAAACGGUGUCUCAAGAACUGUUAAAAAGAAACCAAACCCCCAAAGUGUGGCAAAAAUGGACAUGGACAGCUUUUUAUAUUAAAACUUUAUCCAUGAGGCUGUGAACAAAUGCCCUCAAAAUAAUCUUGACUAAUAAAACCUGAUUAUGCAAUAAUUUGUUUGGAGCAAUCCUAUUGUUUCUCCAUUUUUGUCCCCAGUAGAAUAUCUACCUUGGGCAUAUUCAUUUGCUUGUAGGUCUUGUGAGAACAGUUAAGUGUAGCAAAUCUAUUUUGAAUUUGUGGGAAAAAUCAAAGUAAAUUGUGUCUUAAUUACCACUUGUGUAGAAAUUUGCAGAACAUACUGACACAUGAAAAUCUGAGAAAGUACAAAUUAAUCAGGACAGAACUAACUUACUUUCCAAAGUGGGAUAAAUUUUGCCUACUUUGAAACAUCGAUAAAUUAGGGUUUUAUUUAGGUUAGGCUCUCUUUAGAGGUGAUUUGCAGCAUGUCAAGGUGCAUGCACAGGAGAGGCACUCCAGGGGUCAGCUAACUGAGCCAUCUAUUUCUGAGUGAGAAGUGAGCCUCUGUGAUUAGUUGGCUACAAUAGCCUGCUGUUUAGAUUGCUCUUAUUCAGGGAAACCACAGCGGCUACUUGGGUAUCAACUCUGAUUUUUAAUCUUAGAUUCCAGUGUUACUGGUAGAUGAAAUAUUGUAAGUAUGCAUAAUUUUUGUUGUAAUUUAAAAAAAAAAAAGGUCAGAUCAAGCGGUCUGCUCUGUGCAUGAAAAUGGCCCUUAGCAAUCACAGGUUUUGUGACCAGUAAUACUUGUGAAAUAGUGUCUGAAUAACAGCAAAACAUGGUGUUAGCUGCUAGACAGGCUAUUUCAUCACAGUGUUUGUUACUGUGCUGGACACAAAGGAGUUUGUAUGUGCCCAGUAGGAUUACAAGUGAGAUACUAACUCUUACACUGCUCCAAAAAUUAAAUUACAUUGAGGGGAGCAGUGUUGGGCUGUCCUUUGAGCUGCUUUUCUAGGAAAUACCUGCUGUUUGUUAGUUAUAAAGGGGUAAAUAAACCAGUGCGCUUCUUGGUCAAGCUGAGCGUUUCAGUUCCAGCUCUGACUUGAGCCCUGAUUGGCACUGCAAUUAUUUGAAGAAUUUUGGUCCCUCACUUAAGACUUGGCACUUCAGGGAGGGUUCUGGCAGCCCUGCAUGCCAUCCUUACAGGUCCCAGCAGUGUCUGGAGCUUUGUCCAGCUUUCCUGCCUCCAGAGCCCCUUGGAGGCUGUGCUCCUCCUGAGAUGCUGUGAGCAGGGUGUGUGUGCCUCUGCCAGCUGGCAUUAGCUCAGCUAUGAUGUGCCUGUAGAAGCAAAGUGGCACAGGUUUCUUAGCAAUGUUCAGCCCUUUUCAGAAUUUGCUUUUUCUUUAAUGUUUUAAACUUGCACUGGCAUUGCUCUGUUCACCUUGUUAUCUGUGUGGGCCAGAAAAAAGCUGGUCAGGCUCUGUCCAUCUGUGCCUUCAGCACAUCUAAACUUGCCAUGUAGAUGCAGUUUCCAUAAGAAGUAGGUGAGUGUCUCUGGGUUAGUCAUGUCCUGAUGAAAGAAUCUGUAACUUUUUAAAGAUGUAUUGAUUUCCACUUCUUUACCUGAAUGUGAUGAAGUAGGGGAGUGGUGUUUUUUUGUAAGGGAGUUUAGCAACUAGCAGAGAAAAAUAAAACCUUGACAGGUCAAGUCAUGCAACUGCUCUUGCCACCUUCUCAGUGAUUAUUUAAGUGUGGCAGAGUAAACCUUAUCAUUGUGAAGCUUCCUGGUCUUCUCUGUACAAUAGUCUCACUGUGCCUAAUUGUUCAGCUUUCAUGUAUCCUCACUAAUCUGUCUUUUAGUUAUGACUAAAGAUUUUCAUAUGUGUCUUUUGUUUGUAAUCUCUCUAAAUUUUGGUUUUCAUCCCUCAGUUACUUAAGAAAACACAAUGGCUUGCACAGAAGAUUAGCAUUCAGCAUACUCAAGCAGUGAAACUGUGUCUGUCUGGCCUAAUCCUCUUCCAGAAGGAAAGCAGUAACAUGAAUAGUGUCCUCAGUGUUCUUAAUCCUUUUAAUUUUUUUUUUUUUUAGUGAAGACGACAUUAACCUUUUGGAGAAGAACAAAAUUAAACCAGUCAGUAGAAUAUCUGCUACAGUUUAGUCACAGUGUUUUUUCUUGGCUGUCACGCAAAAGUUUGGACAUCCAUUUAUUGCUUUUGUUCUGUUUCCUGAGUUUGUGUGUUUGCAUGUGUGGGAGCAUGCACACUUGAGGGUUUUAGGUUUUGUUUCAUGGAUCACCUCUGAUGGUUCAAGGAGCUCAGGUGAUCCACAGGAUGAGGAACUUGUUCUCUGGACCUGUGCCCAUAUCGAAGUGCGGGGAACUAUGCUGGAGUUGUUGAGGUAAACUGUAUGGUUGAAGUGGUGGCUGCAAACAGAAUUAAUCUGGUUUGGGAGAGAGCUGGUAGCAUUCAGAAAUAAAAUGUCUUAAUUAUCCAAAGAUAAUGAAGACUGAGAAGCAAUGAAAGAAGCGAAGAGGAAACAUUAGCCUACUUGGAAUACGGCUUGAAUACCUCAAAAUUUGAGAUUAAUUAGGGACUAAGGCAAAUAAAUUAUUCUCUGUUGCAGAGUAUUUAGCUCCCUCUUUGCGAAAUGUUCCUUGCAAAUCAGUCUUGCAUGAUGAAAACUAACACCACAUAGCUACUGGCCAGGACCAAAAGACUUGAUAACUAAGAAUGAGGAAAACUGUGCGCAUGUCACAGGAUGGUGCUUGCCCAGGAGACUUCAUGCUUCAGAAUGUAAACCAUCCUCGGGUGAAGCUGGGGCAAGAAUUCCCCAGAGUAGCUUUCCGAGGUCACGUCCGCUCCCUUCCCAAACUGAUGGAGAUAACUCAUGCUUCCCAUGCAAGUCACGGCAACCAUAAAGAAAACAGUCCUUUCCUAAACAGUUCAGAAGCUGGCAAGGGAGGUGAUUACUAUGACAGAAAUCUGGCCUUGUUUGAGGAAGAACUUGAUAUACGACCAAAAGUGUCAUCUCUGCUUGGCAAGUUGGUCAACUACACAAAUCUUACUCAAGGUGUCAAAGAACAUGAAGAAGCUGAAAAUACUGAUGGAUCGAAGAAGAAAGUAUCAAAAUCACCCAGCAUGGGCACCCUGAUGGGGGUGUAUUUGCCAUGCAUGCAGAAUAUCUUCGGGGUUAUUCUCUUCCUUCGGCUGACUUGGAUGGUGGGGAUGGCUGGAGUUCUUCAGUCCUUCCUGAUUGUAUUGCUUUGCUGCUGUUGUACUAUGUUGACAACCAUAUCAAUGAGUGCAAUUGCCACGAAUGGUGUUGUUCCAGCUGGUGGCUCCUAUUUCAUGAUAUCUAGGUCACUGGGCCCAGAGUUUGGUGGAGCUGUAGGGCUGUGUUUUUAUUUGGGAACAACAUUUGCAGGAGCCAUGUAUAUCCUUGGUGCCAUUGAGAUCUUAUUGACAUACAUUGUGCCACAAGCAGCAAUUUUCCAUCCAUCUGGUGCCCACGAUGCAUCCAGUGCCAUGCUGAACAACAUGAGGGUGUAUGGCACUGUGUUCCUCAUCCUGAUGGCAGUGGUGGUGUUUGUAGGUGUGAAGUAUGUGAACAAAUUUGCUUCCCUCUUCUUGGCCUGUGUAGUAAUAUCCAUCCUGUCCAUUUAUGCUGGAGCUAUCAAGUCCAUCUUUGAUCCACCUGAAUUUCCGAUUUGCAUGUUGGGCAACAGGACUCUAUCAAGAGAUCAGUUUGAUGUUUGUGCCAAAACUGUAGUUAAGGAUAACAUAACUGUGGCCUCUAAACUUUGGGAGCUCUUCUGCCACAGCACAAACUUAACCACCGAGCACUGUGAUGAAUAUUUCCUAAUGAACAAUGUCUCAGAGAUAGCAGGAAUUCCAGGAGCUGCUAGUGGCAUUUUAAUAGACAACUUAUGGAGCAAUUAUUUGGAGAAAGGAGAGAUACUGGAGAGAGCACAUCAGCCCUCUGUGGAUGUAGCAGGGCAGAAGAACAACCUGCACCUGUAUGUGCUGUCGGAUAUCACCACGUCGUUCAUGGUGCUGGUUGGCAUCUUCUUCCCUUCAGUGACUGGUAUCAUGGCUGGUUCAAACAGAUCAGGGGACCUCAAAGAUGCACAGAAAUCCAUCCCUGUUGGAACAAUUCUUGCCAUUGUCACCACAUCUCUAGUCUACUUCAGUUGUGUGCUGUUAUUUGGAGCCUGCAUAGAAGGUGUUGUCCUGAGAGAUAAGUUCGGCGAUGCAGUGAACAAGAACUUGGUGGUGGGCACCCUGUCCUGGCCCUCACCCUGGGUCAUUGUCAUCGGGUCCUUCUUCUCCACCUGUGGGGCAGGUUUGCAGAGCCUCACCGGGGCCCCCCGGCUGCUGCAGGCCAUAGCCAAGGACAACAUCAUCCCUUUCCUCUGGAUCUUUGGUCAUGGAAAAGCGAAUGGUGAACCGACGUGGGCUCUUCUGUUAACAGCAUUAAUUGCUGAGCUAGGAAUCCUUAUUGCUUCACUUGACAUGGUGGCUCCAAUCCUCUCAAUGUUUUUCUUGAUGUGUUACCUCUUUGUUAAUCUUGCAUGUGCAGUCCAGACACUUCUGAGAACCCCAAACUGGCGACCCCGCUUUAAAUAUUACCACUGGGCCCUCUCAUUUUUAGGCAUGAGUAUUUGCCUGGCACUGAUGUUCAUUUCAUCUUGGUAUUAUGCUUUGGUAGCUAUGCUUAUUGCAGGCAUGAUUUACAAGUACAUUGAAUACCAAGGUGCAGAGAAGGAGUGGGGUGAUGGCAUCCGGGGGCUGUCGCUGAGCGCAGCGAGGUACGCCUUACUCCGACUGGAGGAGGGCCCUCCACACACCAAGAACUGGAGGCCUCAGUUGCUGGUGCUUCUGAAACUUGAUGAAGAUUUGCAUGUAAAAUACCCCAGACUGUUAACAUUUGCAUCCCAGCUGAAAGCUGGUAAAGGUUUGACUAUCAUAGGAUCAGUCAUCCAAGGGAAUUUCUUGGAAACUUAUGGAGAAGCUCAGGCUGCUGAGCAGACUAUUAAGAAUAUGAUGGAAAUUGAGAAGGUUAAAGGAUUUUGUCAAGUAGUUGUAGCCAAUAAAGUUCGAGAGGGAAUUGCUCACUUGAUCCAGUCCUGUGGACUCGGUGGCAUGAAGCACAACACUGUGGUUUUGGGGUGGCCCUAUGGCUGGAGACAGAGUGAAGAUCCAAGGUCUUGGAAGACGUUUAUAGGUACUGUUCGCUGCACAACUGCAGCUCAUCUGGCUCUGCUGGUUCCCAAAAAUGUGUCCUUCUACCCCAGCAACCAUGAGCGUUACAAUGAAGGCAACAUUGAUGUGUGGUGGAUUGUCCAUGAUGGAGGCAUGCUGAUGUUGCUUCCUUUUCUGCUCAAGCAGCACAAAGUUUGGAGAAAAUGCAAAAUGAGAAUUUUUACUGUUGCUCAGAUGGAUGAUAACAGCAUCCAGAUGAAGAAGGAUUUGGCUACUUUCCUCUAUCAACUCCGUAUAGAGGCAGAGGUAGAAGUGGUAGAAAUGCACAAUAGUGAUAUCUCAGCAUAUACUUACGAGAGAACUCUUAUGAUGGAGCAGAGAUCUCAGAUGCUGAGGCAAAUGAGGCUGACAAAAACUGAGAGGGAAAGGGAGGCUCAGCUUGUAAAGGACAGACAUUCAGUAGCACGUCUGGAGAGCCUCUACUCGGAUGAAGAAGAUGAGGGAGACCCUGUUCCUGAGAAUAUCCAGAUGACCUGGACAAAAGAGAAAUGUGAUGCUGAGAAGCGGAACCGAGGCAGUGCUGUGGGAAGCUUUAGAGAUCUCAUCAGCAUUAAGCCAGGGUGGGAAAACUUGAACCAGUCUAAUGUCCGAAGGAUGCACACAGCAGUCAAGCUAAAUGAAGUCAUUGUAAAUAGAUCCCAUGAUGCCAGACUUGUGCUCCUCAACAUGCCAGGUCCUCCGAAGAAUACUGAUGGAGAUGAAAACUACAUGGAGUUUCUGGAAGUCUUGACUGAAGGUCUGGAGAGGGUACUACUUGUCAGAGGCGGUGGCCGAGAGGUCAUCACCAUUUACUCCUGAUUUAGAAGCUUCUAACCUGGUCUACAUUUACCUUCUUGGCCAUUACGGACAUUCCAGUUUUAAAGGGAGAAGAAAAGAAAGGUUUUUUGCCUAAAUUUCUCCUCAUCCAGUCCUGUUCAUUGUUUUUCCAUUUGCAACAUACAUAUCUUUCAGGACUGCAGUAUUUGUUACACCAUCCAAUUAGCAACAUAAAUUGGAAGCUGCCACAUUAUUCAGUUUCUGCUUUGGUACCCCAGCAUUUGUGCAUGUAGUUUUAACACUAAACCUAUUUUUAGUCAGCACUGCUAAGUGCAGUAUUUUUAGUAACUGUAUGUAAAGUUAGGACAUGAAAGCCAGUUACUGUAAAAAGAUUUAAAAAGCUUUUUUAUAUUAGGUUUGAGAGAUAGAAGUGCAUUAUAUAGCAGCUAGUUUCUGCUGAAGUUCAGCUAUGAAGCAUUUUCUAAGAGCACACUAAAUUGUAAGAGAGAACUGAAAAAGCUUUCCUUUUCUGGGUUUAUUUCCAGAACUAAACUCUCAGUAUUCGGUAAGAAUUUAUACUUUUAAUACAUUUAUUGAUAGAGAUUUAAAUAAAUUAUGUUGAUAUAGUUGAAAUUAUGUAUGUAGCUUGCUAUAAGUUUUGUUGCUUCUGAGACUUCAGGUUGUGUGAGGCCAGAUCCCUAUUUAUUUUUGUAUUUAUUUGUCAGAAAUAUCGGAUAUGCAGAUACAGACUGUUUAGGAGAACAGAGAUCUCACAAUAAAUUCUGAAUCACCAGUGGAUUGAAGGACCAGUCCUGUGCAGUUCUUCCAUGCUUUAAAUUUCUUGCAGACCAUCCCUCAAAAGUACAUUGAGCAUGUUGGAGUCCCGUGUAGAGCCAGUGCUGUGCUGCACUCACAGCGAUGGGAUUGCACUUGCACAAGUACAGGGACCUGCUGCUUCAUUGUCUGCUUUAUGCCCUUAGAGGGAAAAGAAGACCUAUAUUAACCAAUAAGUCUCUGGAGAUUUUAUCAAGCCCAUUAAGUUGUACUUUAUGUACAGAACAUUCGUAUUUUUUCAAUAAAAUGUUGCAUACACUUUGAA